CUUAUGUAUGCAAGAAUUUAACGAGACUUUGUAAAGGAAUUCAAAAUUAGAAUUCUUCUACACUCUACAGAGCAGCAGGUGUGAAAGAUGACGGAAAAUAAUCAUGAGACGAGAUGACAAAACUACCCAUAAUACCAAUGGGCAUGGCAAGACCUCCAUCCAGCCUGGGAUUAGAGGCUCAACUGCGCUCCCAAAUAGUAUGGCACGUCACAAGGAGGUUAUGCAGACAUAUAACGACAUAGCAUCGACGUUGUUCUCAAAUGGCGAUUCCAAUGACGUCGAGCAGUUAUUUCUUGCAGCUGCGAGGGAUGGCGACUAUGACAGAAUUGAGAAUUUUCUGCAGCGUCGUAGUGAUGUCAUACUUAGCGUCGAUAUGAAGGACAAGCGCACAGGCAACACUCCAAUCAUUUGGGCAGCUAAGAGGGGACAUACUAAGAUCGUGCAACUUCUGUUGAAGCAUGGCGCUGACAUCACACUGCGUAACUACGACGGCAAGACAGCAGUCGAACUAGCAUCCCCUGCUAUUAAGACACUUCUUUUAGAGGCAGUAGAGCGCAAUGGUGUGUCACAUCGUAACCUCCUACAGGCAGCAUGGCAGGGAAAUAGCAAGGCAGUUAAGAAAUUAUUGUCUGGAGAUAAGAGUCUAGAUGUGAACUGUAAGAAUGCAGAUGGUCUCACCCCCUUGUUGCUUGUCACCAGAGACGUGGCAUUAUUUGAGAAACUGGGCAGCAAGAUGGUGAAGAACUUUAAUCCACUGGAGGUCCUGGCAGAGUUGUUAGCUCACAGGGGUGAUCUCCAUAGCUGUGAUGAAGAAGGCAAAAGUCCACUACAUUAUGUGUGUUCAUCAAAGUCCCAAAUGGCUGCUCACAUGGCAGAGUAUCUCAUUCAGCAGGGGUCAGAUGUGGCAAUGGGAGAUCGCAGAUGUUUCCACCCUCUCCAUUCAGCGAGUCAAAUUGGCAAUGUUGACGUGGUCCUAACUCUUCUGGAUGGAGGUUCUAAUCCAAACUCUCGAGGCUUUGCAGGAACGACGCCAUUACAUAUUACUGCUUACAACGGCCAUGAGAAAGCUGCUGUUACCCUACUGGACAGAGGUGCUGAUGUUACGCUAGUGGACGAUAGCGGCCUUACACCAGUUGAUGUGGCCAAAACUAAAAAGGUGAAAGUUGUAUUGCGUGAGGCAUGGACUGAGGCCACCCAGCAGAAGCCAGAGGCCACCCUUGCACCAGUGAGGAUCCCAAGUAGAGGGGGGAGCAGAGAAAGACAGUUAUCUGAGGAAAAUAAGCAAUUCAAACCUGUCAAGAAAAUGAAGGGAGAAGUCAUAUUUGAUUCUCUCCCAUCAACAACUUUAGUCCAGAGUCUAACACCUAGAAAAUUGAAACGUCUGCGCUCCUUGAGUGAAAAGGAGAGAGUGUUAUUAGCAGAGCAGACGGAGGAACAGACAGGUGGUGCCAUCUUUUCAACACCUGCACUCGCUAGGGAGAGUACUAAAACUCGUCUUCAGGGUGGGACUAGGGUUCUAGGGACCCUUCCUCCCCAGCCACCUCGCACCCCCAAGUCAACGUCCUCAACCCCAAGGCUACCCCCUACCCCUGAGCAUCGCCUCAACCCCCUCAAGGCCGGCUUGUCCCCUAGGAAAAGCAUCUCUAUGGGGAGAUUACCUCGCAGCACUGAAGAGGUGGAUAUGGUACAGUUAGAGAAUACAAUGAACAUGAAAUCUCCGGGAAAACUUGUGCAUAGAAUAUCUGACCCUCCUAGAAGAAUCUCAGACGAUGUUGACAGAGAGGGCCUUCCUCCUGUUUCUGUGAUGGGACUUGAGUUGGAGGAAAAUCUCUCAGAACUUAGGGCUAGGCGACUGCUGCAGAAUUAUUCUUCAUCAGCUCUUAGUGAUGCAAGUUUAAGUAGAAUGUAUGAUUCUCCAUUUCUUAAUGAGCUGAGGUUCUCUUAUGAAGAAGCCAUGCAAGCAACAGGGUCUAGAUUAAGCAUGGACGACUUUGAGGACCAGUUUUCUCCCCUACCACGCCUUACCCCCCUAAGAAUACCUUCAGCCUCAGAACGUUCCCGUAUCAACAUUCCAAAUACAAUACAGGAACACAAAGAGGCAAAAAUGGGUACAUCGGUUAUAUUGGAUUUAGAUCAAAUGCUUAGCAGAGGUGAUCCAACAAAAAUGCAAGAUGGAGUAGAUAGUGCCAUCUAUCCUAACUCUAAGAAACUACUCCCUAGUCCAACAUCUUUCAUAUCCCAGAAAGAGUACAGUUUCCACAAUGGUCGCUUAGUUCAAAAUGAUCAAUCCCCUGAUACCUCCUCUAAGGAGAGCUCACCUAGGUCAGAAGAUGAUUCUCCAAGAGCUGUUGCUAAGGGUUUCAAAGGGACCAUUAAUAAACAACACAAACUGCUCAGGAAGAAAUCUCUGUUAAAAGAGGAGUUUAAUAUAGAAGACUCUAGAGUUAUGAAUCUUAAGGUGAACACUUAUGGUAGAACAGAAUCAACUCGUAGUAGCCUAGAAUCGAGUGUAAGCUCCCUGUCUACACCAUCUCCUGUCUCUGGGGGUGGGGAUCGAGUCAGCCCAGGGGUAGUGACAUCCUCCUCAGAGAGAAUACUUAACACUGAAAGGAGCUCAAUUGACAGUGGUUUGGGUACGAAGAGUUCAAGUACUGUUCACAAGCUUGGUCUCGACUCUAAUGUAACCCCACUUCCUGUAGCUGCGCCUGUUGGCAAAGUCCCCCCUGGCAAGUUUAAUAUUGGACUUAAAUUUCCAACAAGUAAAUUCAAACCAAUGGUGCAAUCAAAGAAUGCCGGAGAUAAACCUGUGACCAAAAAGCCUGUAAUAAAGGCUGGAUCUCAAUUACAGGGUGCCUCUAUUAAAUUAUUGAACGCUGCAAAGGACAAUGCUAAAGCUCAAAAAGUAAUCAAAGACAAUGCAAAGACUCGACCCUCUGAUGCGUUAUCAAGUCCUGGAAGAGACAAAAUCGCUGUACAUUCUGAUGUACUGAGAGGGGGACAGAAAUCUCAGAAUUCAAGUUCAAUCCAAAAACAACCAGAGGGAAUUAAAAACACUUUAGUUAAAUCUAAGAUCUCAUCAACCCCAGCAUUAGAUUUGAAACCUAAAAGCUCUGGCCAAAGGGUAUCACAACAGAAAGCACCGCUCAAUGAUGCCACUAACAAGACAGAAGCAGUUGAACCUGACAUUAAGGUAAAAGACAGUACAACUGAAUCAGGUGAAAACCUUAAAGAAUCUUGCCAAAAUGUUGCAACAUUGAAGCCAGGGAGUGGUCUACAUAGUGCAAUAAAAAAGAAUAAAGUCUCUGUUCAAAAGGUUUCAUCACAGGAAAGGCCAAAAUGGAAUAAUAAUACUAAAAAUGCUAAAGGUAUAACGACACAACUUGCCCCAAUAGAUGAGAAAAAUCAGCAAAUGAUCACCAAGGCCCCUGCUCGCCCUACAAAAUCUGAUCCUACUCCUACCAAAUCUGUGUCGCCUCGUAAAGAACAAUAUGUGGGUACAAACUCAUCGCCUCAAACUUCUUACGGGGAUCGUAGCAUGAAGAAAUCCUCUUCAACAUCAAAUGUGCCUAUUAUGGAGUCUCUGAAUAAGACUCCAGUUCGUAGGUCAUUGAGUUAUUCAGAAGAUCAAAAUGAGGCCCCAACAUUGUUGAAAACUAUGGAGUUCAAUAUCGGUGACCAGGAUAACACUAGCGCUGAAAAUCUACCUAAAACAGUCAGUAUUAAUAUCCUAGAGCAUAAAGUGGAGCCGCAACCUGAGCACACUGGACCUGUCAUUGAAGAUGCUUUUGAACAUCUCAAACGUGAAAUCACCAGACAAAUCGAGGAAGAAAAAUUACGCAAAUCCAAAGAGAAAUCUUUAAUGGUAAAGGGGAAAGAUAUACCGAAAUGUCGUAACAAGAGUGCAGCGAAACGUAAAACUUCCAAAGAUUCUGGUAAACCAGCAUCUGCGGAGAGAACAAGAAAGAGAGUCACAAAAUCAACUGAUGCAGUCGCUAGUCAAUCAAAGAAACAACAAAGACCCAAGACAGCCAAAAGAAAAUCAAAGGGCAAGAAAAAGAAAAAACUAGACGAUGGAGGUACAAUCAAGUAUGAUGAUAAAAUGGCUCUGAUUGGUGGAAUAGGUUGGCAUAUAUCGACUGAAUGUAACGAAAACCCUGACAUUGAAGUAAUCGAUCCUGAUAACAUGUCAGAGGAUGACACACCAAGAAAUGAUGAAGAAUAUGAGGCACCAGCUGUUGAGACCGCAGUUGAGAGAAUUGACUAUGAUGAAGUUGAUAAUGACACUGAACCAGCAAAACGUCCAAACACGCUUAAUAUAAAGAGACCGCCAUCGGCCAAAAAGUUCCAACGUGCUUUACAACGAGAAAUGAGGAAAGCCUUGGGGGGUACCCCACUAGAUGACAUGCCUACACUGAUCCCACAAACUCUUCAAGCCAUUAAAGAUUUCGCCAAAUCUGUCAAAGAUGAUACAUUGAACCAACUCCUAGGUGAUGACUUUGACGAUCUCUCAUACAGCACAGAUAGCUUUAAAUCUCCCAUGUCCUCCUUAGGAUUUGACUCUGUCACAAAAGCCAAUAUCUUGCAGAUUGUCAACGAACAAACAGCUAAACUUGCGGCUAAUAACAAUGAUAAACUACAAUCCCCCGGGCACUCUCCAAUGGUCUCUCCAAGGCAUUCACAUCAUACUAUUGAUCAAAAUAACAAAACCAGUCCCCAUGGGAACUCCCCUAGGCACAUCCUCCAACGUAAGGAAAGCAUUGACACAAUACCAGAAUCACCCAGUGAUAGCGUCUUUAGCUCUAGUCUUAGCAGUGCAGCUUCCAGACAAUCAAGUGGUACCAAAAUGGAUAGCUCUCAGUUCUCCCGGCGGCUGCAAGAACUGAAGCAAUCUGCAGGAACUGUCAAGGAAGGCCCUGGUGAACAUGCUGCUGGUAGUAAACCUGAUAAAGCUAAGGAGUUAGACCUAGCUAGUAGUGAGAGCGGAAGCGACGGAGAGAGAAAGCGGAAGAAUGAUGAAGAUAUCGACAGUGUCAUUGAUGAGAUAUUAUUCAACACAAUGCACCUGAAAGAUCGUAAUGACAUCAGUUCUAGCUCCAGCAGUAGAUACUCAACAAAACAGUCCCCAAAUAGGAAUAAUCCAACAGGGGUUCACACCCCAAGACGUCCAUCUUUGCCACGGAGUGCAAAAUCUAGUCCUCGUCGUGUGAGCAGUGGAAGCUCGUCAAGCUCUAAGAGUUCAACCCCCAGGUCUAACAAAGGCCACUCCCCAAAGAUAACCCAAGAGGAUUCCUCUGUACCCAGUCUUGUGGGUAAAAGCUACUCACAGUUGACCGCUGAAGAGGAGCAAGCUGGACUAGCUCGGGUACUUCAUAGCUACAAGCAAAUGGCUCUCAAAAUUGAAAAUGAGGAGAUCCCAUCUCCGACUCACUCGACUGGUCUCCCUAUUAAACGACCACCUUCUGGCAAACGUAUCUCACCUCCCAAGUCAGGAACAGGGAAGAAGGGGAAACAUAAAGGAAGGAUACAAACUCUUAAAAGUGCUUCUAGUAACGGCCCUAAGAUACAACUAGAGAGUGCAUCAAAUUUGUCUAAUAUUUCAAAGGGUUCUGAUCACUCACCAACUGCUGCAGUGAAUACUGAGUUCCAUUCUGAUUGGUUGAGCUUUGCAGAGAGUAUAGAUCCCGGAGUAGAUGAAAAAACUUUAACAAAGACUGUUGUGGAUGCCAUUGAGAACUCUCCAGAUAGUAGGAUGUACACCAGUAGGCUUGGCAGGCGCAGUGCCCCUCAGUCGAGAGCAGCCAGUGUUGCAUCCAAUGUCUCUGACAUUGAAGAGGUUAUCAAUUGGAAGAAAGGAAACCAGCUUGGCAAGGGAGCAUUUGGAACUGUCUGGUGUGGCCUCACCAACAAUGGUGAGUUGAUUGCUGUUAAACAACUGGAGUUGAAUACAUCGGACAUGGACAAAGCUGAGAGAGAAUACGAGAAGAUCCAGGAAGAGGUGGAACUACUUAAGACACUCAGACAUGAGAAUAUUGUGGGAUUCCUAGGUACAACACUAGAGGAGCACACAGUCAGUAUCUUCAUGCAGUUCGUGCCUGGGGGCUCUGUGGCUAAUCUACUGGCCAGGUUUGGCGCCCUUGAGGAAGCUGUCUUCUGUAUUUACACCAAGCAGAUCUUGCAAGGGGUCCAAUAUCUCCAUAGCAACAAUGUCAUUCAUCGUGACAUCAAAGGAGGAAACAUUAUGUUGAUGCCUACUGGUGUGAUAAAACUGAUAGACUUUGGAUGUGCUAAGAAACUUUGUAUCAAUCUCUCUAUAAGCCAGACAUCUGUGUUGAAGUCCAUGCGAGGGACACCUUAUUGGAUGGCUCCCGAGGUGGUAAAUGAGACCGGUCAUGGGAAGAAAUCAGAUAUAUGGAGUGUUGGCUGCACUGUGUUUGAGAUGGCCACCAGGAAGCCACCAUGGUCCAACGUGCCUCCAAUGGCGGCCAUAUUUGCCAUAGGUAGCGAUAAACCAGUGCCGAGACUCCCAGAGACAUUCACGUUAGAAGCCCAAGAUUUUGUCAACUCAACGUUAACCCGUGAUCAGAAUACAAGACCCUCUGCUGAUGAACUUUUACAACAUCCAUUCAUCCUUGGACAGAAACUCUGAAUUUGUUCUAUAUUCCAUAUAAGGUUAUUUCUAGAGCGAUUUCAAGGAGAAAAUCUCAAGAAAAUGUAUGACAUUUGUAGAAUACCUCAAAAGUGUAUUCUAAUUUUUGAGCGUUAUUGAAUGAUAAUUGCAGAAUUUGUACAAUGUACUCUCCUUAUAAGGAAGCAUUUUUUGAAAAUGAGGCAGUUAUUAGUGAGUUCUAGUUAGAUUAAAGACAGCUGCUAGAGAGGAAAUGUGCAAUGUAGAAAUAGCUUAGACUCAUGAUAAGUUAUUGAGCAUAAAAGCCCAAGGUCAAAAUAUUAAUGUGUCAUACGUUAUACAAAAGUUAUUAAUAAGAGAGAGCUCAUUGUAAAAUGAUAUUUAUGUUCAACUAAAAAACAAUGACACAGUAAAUCAUUUUACACUGUUAUUUUAUGAUUGGAUCAGAGAGGGGAGUGGGAACAUACCUUUAUUUAAAGGCCCCAUAUAAGGUUAAAACCACUUUUAGUUCAAAAAUCAUGAAUUUAUUUAAAACUAAAUUUUAGAG